AUGAUAGAGGAGCUUCAGAAAGAGCAACAACGAGUUGACUUAGAAAUUGAAUGCAUUAAUCGUGGAGAACCAAAACUGAAACAGAAAAAAAAAAUUGACAGAGGAAAAAGAAUAAUGACGGACAUUCAAAAUACCCAGCAUAGUUCCUUAAAUGAUGAACAUGGUAAAUUUAAAUCUAAAUCUGUACUAAAGUUUUCAACAGUUCAAACACCCAAUUAUAAACGCAAUAAACUUCACACUAAUCUAAAUUUGGCGCCAUCAAAUUGGUUAUGUGAAGAAGAAGAAUCAUAUGGCAUGCGAUAUAUGACGUCUAUUUUCAAAUGGCUAAUAUGUUUCAUGAAUGCAUUGGUAAAGUGGACAUCAUAUCAGAUGCAGAAAAUAUUAGGAACCUGUGUAAGAUACCAUAUAAUAAAAAAUCUGUGAGUGAGCAUAAUGGUGCACAGAAUUGAUGAGACAUUACUAUUAGAUGAAUUUGAUGUUCAAAAAUACUUGUUUGUAGAAACAAACAAUCAAUGGAGCUGGUUAAAAAAAUUCUUUUACAACAAUAUUGUUGGGUCUUCUGAUAGUAUAGCGAAAUGUAUCACUUAUAAAAAGAACUCUCUUAGAGCUAUUCUACGUAAAGAUUUGGUGUCUAAAUAUUUGCACCAUACUAUUGCAUUAGAUUCUCAUAAAGAAAAAAUAAAAAAUAAAAAUUUUUGUGAUGAAACUUCUUCGUUAGAUUCUACUCUACCAACAAUUUCACUAGAAGAAGUAUUUCCAGACGGUCCUCAAGUACAUAAAUUAUUUAACCGAAAUUUUUUGUGGGACAUUGAAAACAUGCAAAUGCUAAUAGGUACAGAUCUACCAAUUUUUGGGAGUAGCAAUAAUUCGUCAUUAAGUUCAAGAUUAAGAGACAUGUCAAAACCUCUUAGUAUGUUAACUGGGAUUGAAUAUUGGCUAGAUAAUUUAAUGUGUGAUAUUCCUGAAACUGAAUUAUGUUAUCAUAUAAAUGGCAUUGUCCAAAAGUAUGAGUUAAUAAAGACUAAAGAUUUACCAUUGUUGAAURRCUCAACAUUUUCACCAAAUAAUGUUAUUGAUGUUAUGCAAAAUACAUUAUCAUUUUUAAAAUCAAAUACUAAUAGUGUUGGACAUACUUACUGGUUAUUUAAAGGAAAAAAUGAUGAUGUGGUAAAACUGUAUGAUUUGACAAUAUUGUGUUCUGAAUCAUUAACUGAUAGCUUGAAUCCUUUUACGGUUCCAGUGGUAAUUUUUUGUAAAUUAAAACAUAAUCUAGAAUAUGGAAAAUUGUAUAAUCCAGUUACUAUUCAACUUUUACUAAACAAUUGUCUACAAUUGUUGGAUAAAACUAAAUAUCCACUAAUUGUUGCAUCUAUCAAUUACAUGUUAUCUGAUGUGUACAUUUCAAUUUAUAAUAAUCCAUCAACCACUGUAAUAAUGGAUUCAACUGAUGUAAACGACGACUCUGCUACUUGUCAUGAAGAUUUUGUCAUUUCAUCAACUCAGCUCGAUUAUGGGACCUAUUCUGUUGACAUACAAAAUUUAUGUGUAUCACAUAAGAAAAAAAAUGUAUCUUUAAGUAAAUUACCAGAGUAUCCUACAUCAAAGUCUUUAGUAACAACUAUAGAAGAAUGUUAUUAUAAGGCAUUAUACCAUAUUGGAAGCAGUUUGAGUUGUUUACAAUAUUUUGAGAACAAUAAAGAUAUUAUGACUAUACAUAUGCCGUAUCUUGAUUCUGAAAUGGUUAUAAAAAAUAAUAUGCCAAGAUGGCAUAAUCGUCUCGAUGCUGAGGAUGUUAGUUGGGAAAAUAWUCUCAGACUGAUCCUCUAUAAAAAAGCUUCUGAUACAUAUUUUAAAUUUGGUGAAAAAUAUCUUACAUCAAAAAAUUUUGGAAUAGCUUUAAAAUGUUUCCGCCGUUCACUUGAAUGUCAACUAUGUGUUACCAAAACUGAUUUCAAUCAUUUAUUCGGACCUAUAUUAGACCAUUGUGGCAAUUGUUGUAUUUUUAUUUUUAAAUAUUGGAAUAAAAUAGAACAGUACUCAACCGAAUUUGAAACUGAUGAAAAAUAUGAUUUCGAACUAAGAAAAGCAUUGCUAAAUAGUUCUAAUCAUAGUAAUAAAGAUUUAAAUUUAAUACCAACAAACCUCAAUUGUUCAAAAGAAAACAUAUUGAACGCAGCAGAACAUUGUUAUUCACGUGCUUUGGCAUUAGAAACAAAUAUUAAUAAUAAAAAUAAUCUAAGUAAACAGAUAGGUUAUGUUUACAAUGAAUACAUUAAAAUUUACAUUGAAGAGAUAUUAAUGGCUAUAAGCAAUAAUAUUCCUUUAAGUCCUUUAAAGUUAAAAUGGCUUACAAAAAAGUCUAAGACUUGUUGUACAUUGGGAAGUCAAAUAUUUAAAACAGUUGAUGACAAGGAUAAUUUUGCCCUGAUAAAUUCAAACUUGGAAAUUUUGUACGGCUACAUAGCACAUUAUUCAACAAAAUAUAUARUUCCUAUCAAUACUUGUAUAAAAAAAGAGAUUAUAAAUUUCAAGGCUGGAAAUGCUUACAAGAAAAGAUUGUUAGAGAUAGGUGACCGCAGUUCUAAUUCACAACAGUGGGAUAUGGUUUACUUUAAGCUAUCUUCAGCCCUGUUCCAUGCGGCUGUAAAUGAAUAUUUAGCCAUAUGCAGAUGUAAUUCUAAUAAUUAUAGAGAAUGUAUCAAUUUAUUCAUGGAAGCUUUGAAAUAUUGUGAUUUGGAAAAUGAAUCUCCCAAUAAAUUUGUAUAUGAGUAUCAAGCCGCUUAUAUUCACUUUGGUCUAGCGUCUUUAUCUUCUGAUCGUUUAGGACAAUGUAUUACUGAAAAGUCACCAGAGUUGCAUCCUGUUUUCAUUCAAAUUAAGUCUUACUGUAAUAUUUCAUUUGAAAUCUUUUUUAAAAUACAGCGUCCAUUGGAAGCUUUUGAGGUUCUCAUAAAAAUGAUAACAUUAGAUAUGCACUUAAUUGAUGGAACUAUAGGUUUAUUGAAUCUCAAAUAUGUCAGGUCCAUUAUAGAAACAUUGAAAAAAUGUGGUGCUGUGUUUCAAAUGUUUUCGGAAAAUAAAGACACAAUGAAAUAUUCAUAUAAUACUGAUCAAACUGAGGAGUUAACUAUUGAAGAUGACUUACACUUUGAAAUGAGAAAACUACAUUUUUUAUUAAUUUUGGAAGAAAAUGUGCUUAAACUCUUAAAAUGUAUGAUCCAGUUAGCCUUGGAUAAAUCAUCAGUAAAGGAAGUAAAAUGGUUAGCUGAUAAAGAAGAUGAGCUGAAAAUCAUCUAUAGUUUAUUGCUAAGAAAUAGCGUUGGUGACAAUAAUUAUUCACAGCUAAUGAUAGCUGUAAAGCAAUUAUCUACAUUUGAAUGA